AUGGUGCAAGACUUUGUCGUCUACUUCUACCGUCACAUCAGGGAGCGCAACAUCCGCGAGAUCUUCGUCAUGUACUCCCACACCUUCCCCCACCUGUCGGAGCGCUUUUUCAAGGGCGUGGCCUGGCCCCCGGUGGAGGCUGUGAGCCACCUCGUGGACAAUGACCACGUCUUCUGCAUGCUGUACAAGGAAAUGUGCUUCCGCCACCUGCACGCCGCGGCCAAGCCCACGCUGGCGCACCGCAUCGCCUCCUGGGAGAACUACCGCGAGUUCUUCUCGGUCAUCCUGUCCAGCCACCUCAACGUCCAGCUUCCCAACCAGUGGCUCUGGGACAUGGUGGACGAGUUCGUGUAUCAGUACCAGGCUUUUGCGCAGUACCGCGGCAACCUGUCUGGCAAGUCCAUUGAGGAGCUCGAUGUGCUGGCCGCCAGCCCCAAGGUCUGGGACUCCCAGACGGUGCUUCAGAUCCUCAACGACCUGGUCUCCCAGUCCGACAUCCGCGGGAUCCUGUCAAAGCCCGGUGGCGCUGAGGCGCUGUACGUGGGCGAGGGGUACGACCUGCAGUCCAACGUGCAGACCAUGCUGGGUUAUUUCAGUCUGGUCGGCCUGCUGAGGGUGCACAGCGUGCUUGGCGACUAUGUAGCCGGCCUGCAGGCACUGGCGCCCCUCAACCCCUUCAACCGCCGGCACCUGUUCACGACAAAGAUUGCCAUGUCCAACAUCACCCUUUUCUACUACUCUGCCUUUGCGUAUUUGAUGCUGCAAAGGUAUCUGGACGCCGCCAAGUGCCUCAACUUCAUCUUGGGCUACAUUUCCAAGGUAAAGGCGCACCAUCAGAGAGGCCCAGGGUACGACCAGAUCCUGAAGAAGAACGAGCAGCUGUAUGCCUUGCUGGCCAUCUCCUCGGCGCUCUGCCCCGCCGUGUCACGGCUGGUGGACGAGAACGUCCAAGUCCUCCUGCGCGAGAAGUACGGAGAGAAGGUCAGGCUGAUGAACAGUGGUCAGCCAGACGCUUACGAGGAGCUCUUUGCCUACGCCUGCCCCAAGUUUGUUUCCCGGCGCUUCGUCGACCCAGCCAAUCCUCAGGGCAAUGCCAACAUGGAGGCGUACAAGCCGCAGCUCAACCAGUUCCUGUCAGUGGUGGAGGCCCAGCGCCAUCUGCCCGCGCUCAAGCAGUUUCUGCGGCUGUACACCAGCAUCACGCUGUCCAAGCUGGCGAGCCUGGCUGAACUGGACGAGGCCAGCCUGCGCGCGCAGCUGGCGCUGAUGCAUGCCAGCACCCAGGUGGUGACAUGGAACGGCGGCGACGCGCUGGCGGGGACACCCCAGCCCGCGGGCGACCUGGACUUUGCGCUGGAGCGGGGGGAGGACGGGCAGGAGAUGGUGGUGGUGCAGGAGUCGCGGGCGGCGGGGGCUUCGGGCUCCGCCUUCCUUGUCUCCCACAUCCAGAAGCUGCAGGAUAUCGUGACGGAGCUGGAGGGCAUCGUGCUGGCGCCAGCGCCCGGCGCUUCGGCUCCCGCCGUGGCCGCCAACUGA